CAUGUGGACACGUGGCCUCUAUGGCUCCCGCCUGCCAUAUCCUCCGCUGGGUCCUCACCCUGGGGCUGGGCCUCACAUUCGAAGUCCUACAUGCCUUCCGGUCUCAAGAUGAGUUCCUGUCCAGUCUGGAGAGCUAUGAGAUCGCAUUCCCCACUCGAGUGGACCAUAAUGGGGCACUGCUGGCCUUCUCGCCCCCGCCCCCCCGGAGGCAGCGUCGGGGCACAGGGCCAGCCGCAGAGUCCCGCCUCUUCUACAAGGUGGCUGCACCCAGCACCCACUUUCUGCUGAACCUGACCCGCAGCCCCCGCCUUCUAGCAGGGCACGUCUCCGUGGAGUACUGGACACGGGAGGGCCUGGCCUGGCAGAGGGCUGCCCGGCCCCACUGCCUCUACGCCGGCCACUUGCAGGGCCAGGCCGGCAGCUCCCGUGUGGCCAUCAGCACCUGUGGGGGCCUGCAUGGCCUCAUUGUGGCAGAUGAAGAAGAAUACUUGAUCGAGCCCCUGCAAGUUGGGCCCAAAGGAACCCAGGGCCCAGAGGAGAGUGGCCCCCAUGUGGUAUACAAGCGCUCCUCUCUGCGUCACCCCCACCUGGACACAGCCUGUGGAGUGAGAGACGAGAAACCGUGGAAGGGGCGGCCAUGGUGGCUGCGCACCCUGAAGCCGCCACCUGCCAGGCCCCUGGGGAAUGAAACAGAGCGUGGCCAGCCAGGCCUGAAGCGCUCGGUCAGCCGAGAGCGCUACGUGGAGACCCUGGUGGUGGCUGACAAGAUGAUGGUGGCCUACCACGGGCGCCGAGACGUGGAACAGUACGUGCUGGCCAUCAUGAACAUUGUUGCCAAACUUUUCCAGGACUCGAGUCUGGGAAACAUCGUUAAUAUCCUGGUGACACGCCUCAUCCUGCUCACGGAGGACCAGCCCACCCUGGAGAUCACCCACCACGCCGGGAAGUCCCUGGACAGCUUCUGUAAGUGGCAGAAAUCCAUCGUGAACCGCAGCGGCCAUGGCAACGCCAUUCCGGAGAACGGUGUGGCCAACCAUGACACAGCGGUGCUCAUCACGCGCCACGACAUCUGCAUCUACAAGAACAAACCGUGCGGCACGCUAGGCCUGGCACCCGUGGGCGGGAUGUGCGAGCGGGAGAGGAGCUGCAGUAUCAACGAGGACAUUGGCCUGGCCACGGCCUUCACCAUCGCCCACGAGAUCGGACACACGUUUGGCAUGAACCACGACGGCGUGGGGAACAGCUGCGGGGCCCGUGGCCAGGACCCAGCAAAGCUCAUGGCCGCCCACAUCACCAUGAAGACCAACCCUUUCGUGUGGUCGUCCUGCAGCCGCGACUACAUCACCAGCUUUCUGGACUCAGGCCUGGGGCUGUGCCUGAACAACCGGCCCCCCAGACAGGACUUCGUGUACCCGACCGUAGCACCCGGCCAGGCCUACGACGCGGAUGAACAGUGCCGCUUCCAACAUGGAGUCAAAUCGCGUCAGUGUAAAUACGGGGAGGUCUGCAGCGAGCUGUGGUGUCUGAGCAAGAGCAACCGAUGCAUCACCAACAGCAUUCCAGCCGCCGAGGGCACGCUGUGCCAGACGCACACCAUCGACAAGGGGUGGUGCUACAAGAGAGUGUGCGUCCCCUUCGGGUCGCGGCCGGAGGGCGUGGACGGGGCUUGGGGCCCGUGGACCCCGUGGGGCGACUGCAGCCGGACGUGCGGCGGCGGCGUGUCCUCCUCCAGCCGUCAUUGCGACAGCCCCAGGCCAACGAUCGGGGGCAAGUACUGCCUGGGUGAGAGACGGCGGCACCGCUCCUGCAACACCGACGACUGUCCCCCAGGCUCUCAGGACUUCAGGGAAAUGCAGUGCUCUGAAUUUGACAGUGUCCCCUUCCGUGGAAAAUUCUACACAUGGAAGACAUACCGAGGAGGGGGCGUGAAGGCCUGCUCACUCACGUGCCUGGCCGAAGGCUUCAACUUCUACACCGAGAGGGCGGCAGCCGUGGUGGACGGGACGCCCUGCCGCCCAGACACGGUGGACAUUUGCGUCAGCGGCGAGUGCAAGCACGUGGGCUGUGACCGGGUCCUGGGCUCCGACCUGAGGGAGGACAAGUGCAGGGUCUGUGGUGGUGACGGCAGUGCCUGCGAAACCAUUGAGGGGGUCUUCAGCCCAGCUUCGCCUGCAGCCGGGUAUGAGGAAGUCGUCUGGAUCCCCAAAGGCUCCGUCCACAUCUUCAUCCAGGACCUGAACCUUUCCCUCAGUCACCUGGCCCUGAAGGGGGACCAGGAAUCCCUGCUGCUGGAGGGGCUGCCCGGGACCCCCCAGCCGCACCGCCUGCCCCUGGCUGGGACCACCUUUCAGCUGCGACAGGGGCCAGAUCAGACACAGAGCCUGGAAGCCCUGGGACCUAUAAAUGCGUCUCUCAUCGUCAUGGUGCUGGCCCGGACAGAGCUGGCGGCCCUCCGCUACCGUUUCAACGCGCCCAUCGCCCGGGAUGCACUGCCCCCCUACUCCUGGCACUAUGCACCCUGGACCAAGUGCUCUGCCCAGUGUGCCGGCGGUGAGGCAGCCAGGUGCAGGCCGUGGAGUGCCGCAAUCAGCUGGACAGCUCGGCCGUGGCCCCCCACCACUGCAGCGCCCACAGCAAACUGCCCAAGAGGCAGCGCGCCUGCAACACAGAGCCCUGCCCACCCGAUGCACCCCCAGCUGCGGGCCAGGCCUCCGCCACCGCGUCGUCCUUUGCAAGAGCUCAGACCACCGCGCCACGCUGCCCCCCGGGCACUGCCCGCCCGCGGCCAAGCCGCCGGCCACCAUGCGCUGCAACUUGCGCCGCUGCCCCCCAGCUCGCUGGGUGGCGGGCGAGUGGGGCGAGUGCUCCGCACAGUGCGGCCUCGGGCAGCAACAGAGGGCGGUGCGCUGCUCCAGCCACACGGGGCAGCCGUCACGCGAGUGCGCCGAGGCCCUGCGGCCCCCCGCCACGCAGCAGUGCGAAGCCAAGUGCGACAGCGCGCCCCCCGGGGACGGCCCCGAAGUUCUGCAGCAGAGCCUACUUCCGCCAGAUGUGCUGCAAAACCUGCCAGGGCCGCUAGGGGGCGCGCGGGCCCCGGAGCCACAGCUGGGCGCCGGCUGGAGGGGACCAUGCCUGCAGCUGGCCAGCCUGAAGGAGCCCGAGGGGGCGGGAGCUGGGUGAGACGAAGCCGGAAGUUAUUUAUUGGGAACCCCUGCAGGGCCCCUGGCUGGGGGGUGGAGAGGGGCUGGCCACCCCCAGGGCCCCUCCUCAUCCCCUCUCCCAGUUCAUAGUGAGACCCCCUCCAGGGUGGGUUUGAGGAGGGAACAACUGUUCGCCCUAGCGCCCUUUUCACCCACCCCUAGGGAGCCCCCAAUACUGCCCCCCCUUUGACCGGAAUAUGUACUGUGAAGAGUGGGGGUGGGGAGGGGGUCUGCCGGUGUCCUGCCCCCAGCACUGCCCUAUCCCUCCGCUCUGAGCUGGGGGGAGGGGGGGGUCUAUGUCUGCCAUGGGGGAGGGGGAUUAGCAGCGCCUCCCUGACCCCCUCCCCCUGACCAGACCAGCUACAGGGGUGAGGCAGAGCUGGCAAGAUCCACCCCAACCUCUGUCCUGCCUGCCCCAGGGGGACCCCGACAUCCAGGCGCCCCCAUCAUGGUGCUACAGGCCCUGCCCUGGGGCCCACACACCCCUCGCCAGGAAGCCCUCCAUCAAUAAAGUUCUGUCUUGUGUAGAC